AUGAAAACUAAAUUUAGCAUUCUGACUGAUGAAUCCACAGACAUAGGUACAGUGAAAACAUCUUGUAUAGUAGUGAGAUUGUAUGAUGAAUUAACCAAACAUGUGGAAUCAAAAUUUUGGGAAUUGCUUGAUGUGUUUGAUAUCCCAACUGACAAACAACCAGAAGCGACAGCUGAACAUUUAUUCAAUUGCCUGAUUGAAACAUUGAAUCGUUAUAAAAUUCCAUUAGAUAAUAUAAUUGGAUUCGGCUCUGAUGGUUGCAAUGUAAUGAUGGGUUCUAAGAACAGUUCUAAACGGCAAAGUACAUUAAAACAGUUCCAAUUGUUUAUAGAUCUUAAACCAAAAAAAAUUUUACACCCUUCACAAACAAGAUGGCUUUCUUUAGAAGCUGUAGUAAACAAAAUUUUGGAGCAAUGGGAAACCUUAAGAUUAUAUAUCACAUGGAUACUACCCAAAUUUAAUGAGUUUAAUAAAUAUUUCCAAACUCAAAAAGUUGUCAUCAAUGAUCUGCAUGAUAAAAUUAGAAUAUUAUAUCAGGAAAUCUUACUAUCGUUUUUAAAAAGAAACUAUGUAGUGCAAAAUGAUCUCAGUAGUGUGAGACCUGAUGAUGGUGAACACCAUCUUCCUGAUAAUCAGUUAUAUUUAGGUGCUCAAGUUCUCAAAUACAUAAAUUUACCUGGAUUAGCAAACAAGAAUGAAGAGAAAAAAAACUUUUUCAAGAGUUGUAGACAUUUUUUGCAAACCGCUAAAGAAACGAUAUAA